AUCCCUCCCGACUCAGCUUGUCAGCUGAGACCGGCCCGCCACAACGGCUCUUUCCUUACACUGCAUCCCGUAUUCAUGCGGAACGACUACGCCCAGCGGCGCCGUGGUCCUACUAAAGGCUAUCUGGUCGCCGCGGGGCUCACUGAUCUGGCGCCCAUGGCGAAGGCUGUUGGCAUGCGUCCAUUUUAUGACAUUUUUGAGUUGAGGGGCGUGGGAAGGCGGCGGCCCGCCGGCGGUAGUGUUCGCCUUCAAGGGUGUCAGGGUACGGCUAGGCCGAAGGCAAUAGUACAGAGUGAUGGGGAGUAACGGGCGUCCCU